AACCAAAUAACUAUUCUCCUUUAUUACCAAAAUCAUUCAUUGAAUCCUUACAAAACUAAAGUCUUUCUUUCGUAGUGACAAACGUAAGAAUUCCCAAAAUUCGAAAAUAUUGUCGACCGUCAAUGAUUCUACUAUAAAUGUAUACACAUGUGUUGUUCAGUUCUUGCAUGGCUUAGGAAGUUAGAAGAAAAAACAGAGAUGAAACGAGUUGUAAUUAUAUGUGUAGUUACACUGCUGUUGUUUAGUGUUUCAAUAACAGAAUCAAUAACUAAUUCGCAGACACACAAAGACCAAGACAAGAAAGGUUUGGUUAGAAAAAGGCACAGAAGAGUCAAAAGCAGAAGACAAAACCGAAGUAGAAACGGCGAAGCCUUUGCUACUAAAUGCGAUGUGUUCUUUAGAUGCGUGUUCGGCACUUGCGGUCAAUGGAACUUCCCAAUUGUGCCUUGUCCUGAAAACCCUUUCUUACCUCCUCCGCAAAAUUUACCACCGCCUAUUUCACCACCACCACUGCCACCCCCGGUUGUCACACCAUGCCCGCCACCACCGUGUGUUACUUGUGUAGAAGCAUCACCACCACCACCGCCAAUCCCCGUUCCUUGCCCACCUCCACCAUUGCCACCACCAUCGCCUCCUCCUCCCGUGCCUUGCAUUACUUGCGUCACAACCCCGACACCGUCUCCACCCCCGGCGCCUUGCAUUACUUGUGUCUCAGCCCCGGCACCGCCUCCUGCUCAGCCUUGUGUUGUUUGCACCACGGCACCGGCUCCACCUGCACCAGUACCUUGCCCACCGACACCAGUAGCACCCGUUAUCCAAUUUGUCCCUACACCGAUUAUACUCCCUCCAUUACCACCUUUAUUUCCAACUCAGCCACCACCAACACCAUCGGCAACGCCUUCUCCGGUUCCAAUCCUACCUCCACCUACUCCAGUGCUACCACCACCAACACCAUCAGCAACGCCUUCUCCGGUUCCAAUUCUAUCUCCACCUACUCCAGUUCUACCCCUCCCGCCACCUUCUGCUCCUCUUCCACCACCAUUAUCUUCUUCUCUUCCAUCACCACCCCUUCCAUUAGUCUUAUCUCCACCACCAACAGUACCUGGCGGCUCAGUUUCUCAGCCACCAUUUACGAUGACACCACCUCUUUUAGGUGGUGGAGCCCCGGGAAUCACAGCUUCACCUCCUCCUCUAUUACGCGGUGGCACUCCGGGAACCAUUAGUUCACCUCUUCCUCCUUUAUUUGGCGGCGGCUUUCCAGGAAUCACCGGUUCACCUCCUCCUCUUUUAGGCGGAGGCACUCCAGGAAUCACUAGUUCACCUCCUCUUUUAGGAAGGGGAAAUCCAGGAACAACCAAAUCACCUUCUCCGCCUCCUAUUUUAGGAGUAGGAGUCCCAGAGACUAAUGAUACACCUCCUCCGCCGUUGGUCGCCGACCUCCCACCAAUGCCACCAGUGACAUGGUUUUCACCACCUGAAGGAACCAAUGGAUCACCACCCCCAUCACCUGUUAUCCUCCUUCCUCCGCCAUUAGAUCGUUCUACAUUAACACCACCAAAUUCACCAUUUCCACCUCCGGAUAUAACCACAGGAACUCCACCACCCGCCCCAGAUACCCCUUCGCUACUCCCACCACCAGUAGACAACUUUCCACUGAUCCCAUCGCCGCCUGAACAAACUACGCCAGAGUUUCCACCACCUGAUGAAACAAUCGAGCCACCAAUUGACCAGUCAACACCACCCGAGAUUCUGCCUCCACCAGUUGAAGAUUUUCCGCCAAUUAUUCCUCCACCGGUUCAAGACCUACCUCCGAUAUUACCACCUGACCAAACAACUCCAGAGUUUCCACCACCCGAUGAAACAACCGAGCCACCAAUUGACCAAUCAACACCAUCGCCAGUAGUCCUUCCCGUGAUUCUGCCUCCACCAGUUGAAGAUUUUCCGCCCAUUUUACCUCCACCGGUUCAAGAGUUGCCGCCUAUUUUGCCUCCACCAGUUGAAGAUUUUCCGCCCAUUCUACCCCCACCGGUUCAAGAACUUCCACCGGUUUUCACAACACCUCCGAUCUUGCAAGAUCCACCGACAGUUCCAGUAUUCUCCACACCACCAGUGCUAGGAGAUUUCCCACCGCAAACUCCCGUCUUUACCACGCCACCGGAGGUAACGAAUCCAUGGCUACCGCCGGAGCAACCACCGGUUACGUCCAUCCCAACAAUACCGGAAAAUCCAUAUCCAAACCCGGACAUGGGUUCAAAUCAACCGGUGGUUCAGCUUCCUGCACCCUCUUGGGAUUCCCCGCCAUUUAAUCGCUGAUUUCCUGUAUUUUCAAAUUUCUCCUUUUUUUAAAUGAUAAAUAUGUAACGUAACCUAAACGUAAUAAGCGAGCAAUGCCACCUCGUACAUAUUCAUAUGGCUGUAAUUUGCAUUUUCAACAAGUUAAUAAUUAGAGUUGUC